CGCCACAGAAGCUUGUUAUUUAAUUUAACUUAAUUAAUUUUAGUUUACAUUUAGUAUUUUAGUUUUAGUGUUUUAUUUAACUAAAAAUGUUCGGGUAUCAACGUAGUUUUGCGUGUAUCGUAUUAUUAUUUAUCAUAUCGUAUCUUGACGGGUCUGUUGGGAAUGCUAUUGGAAACGAAGUGAUUGCUGAUCAAGAACUGGUUUUCGCAAUAGUUGUGAACAGACAUGGCGAGAGGACACCGGACGCUGAUGAACUGUCGCUGUCGAAUAUUAAAGAGAAACUCAGAAACCUAACAGAUGUAGAUGGACUGGAAUCGUUAACUAAUAUAGGAAAACGAAGGGCAUACCAGAUAGGUAAAUUCAUUCGUCAACGCUACGGGUCACAGGGACAGAACCUGUUAUCUAACCUGUACAUUCCUGAUGAGAUAUUAGUGAGGAGUACUGAUAAGGAACGGACGAAGAUGACUGCGCAAGUCGCUAUGGCGGCUGUCUACCCACCUGAAGUGGAGCAGCAAUGGGAUGAAGGUGUCGGCAAGGUUUGGCAACCAGUACCCUACACCGCUGUACCACUGUCUGAAGACUACCUCCGCUACUAUUCCAACUGCGAGAGGUUUAAAACCUUGAUGGCUGCUGCAAAGCAAGAUGCUCUACAUCAAGAGUUUGCGGCGUACGAUGACUUGGUACCAAUGCUGAAGGCGCGCACUGGCCGCAACUUCACGGAAAACAUUCUGCUGUUUGAAACUCUGUUCGAUCUCUUUCACAGUCAGGUUGGUUUGGGUCUAGACAUACCUGAUUGGAGUAAGCCACUAUUGCCUAGACUCAGUGAGGCAGCCAAUCUAGCCUACAAACUGUACUUUAGGAAUGACGAGAUGAAAAAAAUUGGAGGCGGUGUACUGCUAAGCAUGUUCAUCGAAGCAGGUAAAGAUAUAUCAGCAGGGACAAAGGUACCAAAAAGGUUGAGAUUGUUCUCAUCUCAUGACUUCAACAUUGGUGCUUUCAUGCGUGUCUCCAAAGUGAAGACCAACUACAGCAUCCCGGAGUAUGGUGCUAUAUUCGCGUUGGAAUUAUACAAAUCUAGGAGCAAAGGAGAUUUGAGCGUCCUGCCUGUUUACUUACCACAAGCUGGAGAAACGACCGCCAAACUCCUACACUUCGAAGGCUGCGAAUCUGAUGAUUACUGCGAUUUUAGCAAGUUUGAAGAGAUUACUAAGGAAUUUCUUCUACCUGAACAGGAGUACUACAAGAUCUGUAAUAUCCGAACGGAACUUUAGUGAUUUAACGUACUUAAUUAGCUUAUAAGUAAAGUCAUUAGGUAUAAUUUAAAAGACGGAAAGAAAAUCUUAGCUGGCCCAUAGUGGCAAAUUCCCAAAAUUUAUAACAAUGGUAUCCUGGGGAAUCGAAGGUCAACCUGACAAGACCAAAUUCUAGCAAUGGAGUCCACAUCACUAACAACCCGUUCCCCCGUUUAAUAGUUAAAUUAACCAUAUCUGUGAUACAUAAUUGAUAUUGCAG